UGUUUGCAGACAGAAACAGCUGAUCUUUGUAUUUGUAUUUAUUUAAAAACAAAAAUGUUUUCAAGAGUUAUUCAGAAAGGACGGAGAAUUAUCUCUCAAAAUCUGAAAUGUAAAAAAUGUGAGUGCAUUAGGUUAUAUACCGAAGAUAAGAAAACCAUUGCUCAAAGGUUUAGCUGGCUUUUAUCUCAGGAAGAUCUUGGCUCAGGAACAGUUGUAGAUGGAUUGAAGAAAUCAUAUUUUAAUAAGUUGCUGCCGCUUGAAAAACAUUAUCUGUUCCAUAGAUUUCAUAGUCCCCAACUUAAUGAAGCAGAUUUUGAUUCUCUUCCGUUGGUACUGCUGAUUGGACAGUACUCGACUGGUAAGACGUCAAUGAUAAAAUAUCUGAUUGGAAGUGAAUACCCUGACAGCAGAGUUGGGCCGGAACCAACCACAGACAGAUUUAUUGUUAUCUGCAAUGGAGAAACAAAUAAUAGUAUACCAGGUCAUGCGCUGGUUAUGGAUCAUGAGAAACAAUUUUCCCCGCUUUCUAAGUUUGGUUCCAGCUUCCUAAACAGGUUUCAGAUGUCAACAUGUCCAGCACCAACUCUUACAGGAUUAUCAUUGGUUGACACUCCUGGAAUACUCUCAGGGGAGAAACAGAGACAAGAUAGAGGAUAUGAUUUCUCAGGGGUGGUAGAGUGGUUUGCAGAGAGAGGGGACAGAAUCUUGCUUCUGUUUGAUGCCCACAAGCUGGAUAUAUCAGAUGAAUUUCGAAGUUGUAUUGAAGCGCUGAGAGGACAUGAGGAUAAAAUUAGAAUUAUUCUUAAUAAAGCUGAUCUAGUCGAACAACAGGAGUUGAUGCGUGUUUAUGGAGCUUUAAUGUGGAGCUUGGGAAAGGUGUUCCAGACUCCAGAGGUUGCUCGAGUCUAUAUUGGAUCAUUUUGGGAUAAACCAUUGAGAUACGAGAUGAACUCUCGACUUUUCUUCGCUGAAGAACAAGAUCUUUUCUCGGAUUUAUAUUCCUUACAUAGAAAUUCUACACUCAGGAAGCUUAAUGACAUGAUUAAGAGAGCAAGGCUUGCCAAGGCGCAUGCUCACAUUCUCACUGAGAUUCAGAGACAAAUGCCGAUGUUUUUAGGCAAAGAAGCCAAGAAAAGAGAACUUUUGGAAGAAUUGCCAAAAAUUUGUAAAUCUGUGGAGGAGGAGUACAAUAUUCCUGCAGGAGAUUUCCCAGAUAUUGCUAGAUUAAAGCAACAGCUGAGUAAUAUGGACUGGUCUGAAUUACCUCGAGGAAAUCCUGUUCUACUCGAAGCAGUUCAGGAUAUGAUGAGGAAUGAUAUUACUGCACUGGUCAAGAAGAUACCAACAGAACACAAAACAAAGAAGGAAGCGGAACCAAAAUCGGAGGAAAAAUCUGAUGAAAAAAAAUUAAACAUCAGUGAAAAAUGAAUUCUGUUCUGAAGUUUACGAAAGAAAAUAUUUUAUACAAUUUUUUUAAUCUUUGAAAUUCCUAUUUUAAUGGAAUUCUUGUCAACUUAAAGUUUGAAUAAAGAAUAAAAUAGAACCAAAUUGACAUUGA